UUGUCAUUUUUCUAAACACCUGAAUGUGUGAAUUCUCAAUAUAUAAAUACAAACAUUCUGAGGGAGACUUGACAAAGGAAAGAAAAAACCCUAAGCAACUGUCUAAAAACUACCAUUUUACAGGAAAUAAUGGGGAAGGGUUUAAAAAUACAGUGAGGGCCAAGGAGAUGGUUCUGGUAGUAAAAAGCUCUAUCUGCAUAAACCUGACCACCAUCCACAUCCCUGGGACCUAUGUGGGCCAGCCUGGACCACCCUGCCUUAACAAGGUGGAAGGCAAGAGCUCAGAACUUCCAUACCUGUGCUGUGCCAUCGGCGUGUGCCAAUACACACAUAAAUAAUUUUUUCAACACAGUGAGAAUUAAGAAUCUCAGCAGUAUCUCAGGACAAGGUACCUGGAUUUUGUUUCAACAAAGUCUCCCCUCCCUUUGCUGCCCAGGAUGACUUUGAACUUGGGAUCAGUCUCCCAAGUGUUGGUAUUAUAGGUAGGUGCCACCACACCCAGUUCAAGGGCAAUGGGAACCCUGAAGAUUCACAAGAUAAUUCAUUGCUGGAGUUAUAGUUCAGUAGUAAAACACCAGGCUAGCAUUAGUGUUAGCUUUUGGGCAGAAAAUUGUAUUGUGGUUGGGCUUCUUUACAUAUAUCCUUUAUCUAGUGUGGAGAACUCUUCAGAUAGACUGGCAGGAACUGUCUCUUGCCAUUACUUAAAUUUCAUGGCUUUCCGAAAAUAGCUGAUUAGAUUGCACUAGAAGGAAUGGGAUUUGGUAGGUUUCAUUUGACUGAAGGGACAUAAGGAGCCUAAAUACAUAGCUUUUGAGACAUUCUAGUCUGAGACAAGGUCCCAAGCGUCCUCAGACGUUUCAUACUCAAGUUAGGGCUAUCAUUUGUAUCUGGCAUGCCAGGAUGCCAAACUUCUGAGAUACGUAAAGGACAGUUGGGUGGUAUCGAGCAAGGGGCCGAGGGGCGGGGAGGGGGGCUGUCAGGUUAAGAAAACUUGCUGCUCUAGUAAAGGACCCCGUUUCAUUCGUAACAUUCAUGGAGUAGCUCACAGCACUCUGUUAAAGAGUUAUGAUGCCCUCUUCUAGCCUCAGUGGGAGCUUCAUGCAUGCUUCUGGAACACAGAAAUACUACCUGUCAAAAUAAACCUACAAUUUAAAAAGACUAGGCCAUAAAAGUGGGGGCCAAGCACUUGAGAGGCAGAGGCAGAUGGAUCUCUGAGUUCGAAGCCAGCCAGGUCUACAAAGCGAGUCCAGGACACCCACAGGGCUAUUACACAGAGAAACCGUCUUGAGAAAAAUGGGACAUGUUAUCGAAUGUUGGUGCCCCCAGCUCCUGCAGUGUCAGUAAGUAUAUGACUCUAAGGUGGGGGAAAACUGUUCAGACAUAGGUACCACGAGAAGGACUUAGACACAGGGCAGCCCUGUGGGAAAGGUCGAGUUAUCAGAUCGUGUCGAUUCAGUGGGCAGUUUAGAGGGCGACUACCCCAAACCUGGGAGGCUGCAAUGUAAUCUGAGAAGCCUCAGGACCAUAGGGUAGUGAGAAGUCUGAUAGAGAACCGAGGGCUUAGAGAGGUUUGGCAGACGUUUCGAGCCUGACUAUCUUGCCUGCUUAAUGAUGGCACAGAUUGAGAAUCAGUAACCAUCUCUAGCAUAAACGACUCCAACGGUUCCAGCGAACCUACAGAGGAGCAGCCCCGAUUGGCAAGUUAAGGAGGGACCAGCCAGAAAAAGCCAGCCUACACCGCUCACCAACGCCCCGCUCCCCGCCCACCCGUACUGAGGCUGCGCGGCGGCACCAGCUUUUACGACGGGCCGGAAAGCAGCUGUCGCAGUAGUAUAACGUGGACGAGCAGCUAUGGGGAAAAUCGCACUUCAGCUCAAAGCCACACUGGAGAACGUCACGAACCUUCGGCCAGUGGGCGAAGACUUCCGGUGGUACCUCAAGAUGAAAUGUGGCAACUGUGGUGAGAUUUCAGAGAAGUGGCAAUAUAUCCGGCUGAUGGACAGUGUGGCGCUGAAAGGAGGCCGAGGCAGUGCCUCCAUGGUCCAGAAGUGCAAGCUGUGUGCACGGGAGAACUCUAUUGAAAUUCUGAGCAGCACCAUCAAGUCUUACAAUGCAGAAGACAACGAGAAGUUCAAGACAAUAGUAGAGUUUGAGUGCCGGGGCCUUGAACCAGUUGACUUCCAGCCCCAGGCUGGGUUUGCUGCUGAAGGUGUGGAGUCAGGGACAGUCUUCAGUGACAUCAAUCUGCAAGAAAAGGUGAGACGGGAUCCUGCAAGACGUUAUGUGGUACCUGGUGGGAAUUCUCUUUUUGGCAAACAGGGCUUUCAAGCUAGCUCCAGAUUUGUGUGCUUUUGGCUGGUGAUUCUGCUGGUGAAAUGGCCAUAGGUAUAACGUUUAAGGGCAGCUGCCAGAUUCCAGCUCCAGUAGGUCAGGGCUCUGAGGAGGAACUGUGAAGUUGGCAAUAAGAAGACACACAGAUACGUUAUAGUUGAAGCAAGCUCAUAUUUCCUCUUAUUCUCUCUAAUGUUAUUUUUUUCUCUUAUCCCUUAUUUACUACUCAGAACAAAAGUCUUUACGCAGAAAUAAUCCUAAAUCACAUAUUUCAAAAACAAAUUUCCUCAGAAGCCCACACGCAGUUAAACAUUCUUUCUACUACUUUUCCUCCCAGAAUUACAUCUUUACCCCAAAGCAGUAUUUUUUAUUAUUGAUUAAUAAAGUUUAACUCAAACCAAAGUCUAUUUCAGCCAGUUUUCUUGCACUGGUGGGCAGACGUGUGCCGCUACAGUAUGGCCGCCGCCUGUUGUUCUAGUUUACAGAGCCUUGCAGAGCUAGCCUAGCUAACCAUCUACUCACCUUCUCUCACUUCCUAGGGUCAUUUAUCUUCCUCUUACAACUGUGUUCUCAGGUGCAGUCCAAAAACUGAUAAUCUCCUCUGUAAGCCAUAUGGCCAGGAGACUCCGACUAACCAUAGUUAUAGGAACAUAAUUGCUUUCUUCAAUCAUUGGCCUAUCUCUCACAGGCAAGCCUUGUGGGCUAGCAGUACCUGAAGUUUCCCUGUUCUUAUUUCCUAUCUCCAUGCAGCUGAAGAAAGGUAUUUGCUAGUUUUAUUGCUAUCUUUCUAUAUAUCUCAUAAGAAGCCCUGGCCUCUCGUAUCUUUAAACUAUUCUCAGAAAGUUCAACUGAAUCAUUAAUCCAUGUUCACAGCACUGUCCUGGGAAGAUCGUCACUCUUUCGCACUACAGGUAAACUGCCCAGAGAGGGGUGGAAUCUCCCACACAGUAAUCACACCCUCAUAAACACAAGAAGAGCACCAUAGCAUCAAGCACAAUAAGGCCCAGCAGCAGCAAAGGGCACUCUGAGCAAAAUCCCCCUGUGGCUUUGCCUCUCCAAGGUACAGCCAUGGCUGCUUUGCUAACCGGUGACCAUAGCUUCAUUGCUGACUACAGCUCCUCCAGCAUGGCCCCCGCCAGGCGGCCCCAUGGUUAUGCAUGCAGGAAGGCUAGAUGCACCUGACACAGAAAGUGCACAGUAGAUAAGCUUCAUUCAGGCCCAAGUUACAGUGCUGGUGGCUGAGCUGCACAGUAAAUACGCUGCUCUUAAACAAGUAGAAUGGAGGUAGUUACUGGUUGAUGGAAAUCGUGUGACCAGAUGCUCAUGAGAAGCUAUCCCUGUUCACAGGAGCAGUAGCUGGAGUGUUUGCGUGAUCACUGUAGUAUUGACUCAACCCUGCAGAUAGACAGGCCUGUCACUCUAGCCCUGAGGGAAGAACCCCAGCUUUCUGUUUUUCUGGCUCCUUUGAACAGCAGCAGGUGGCAUUCUGUGCCCACCUUGUGCCAGCUGUGGUGCAAAGUGUGUUUCCAUGUGAAUAGAAAAUGAAUGUUUCAUUUCAUUCUUUCAAUAGUCACUCUCGAGUCCCCUAUUUUUCUUUUGUAAUAAAGGACAGAGCUCAGGUUUGGGGAAAGACAUGACUUGCCUGGUUAUAAGACCAAGAGAUGGAGUUUAGGCCUGGGUUGUCUGCUCUGUUAAGGGUCUCCUGCGUUCAUGACUAGCUGAGUCAGAGCCUAGAUUGGGCUUUGGAACUGGUUCUCCACUGUCCACAUUGUCCUGUUCUGCCUUGAAAGGCUAACACGCUGCCUUCUUAUUUCACAGGACUGGACAGACUAUGAUGAGAAGACUCAGGAGUCUGUGGGGAUCUUUGAAGUCACCCAUCAGUUUGUGAAGUGCUGAACUCUCUGCCUGCACACCUGCCUAUAAGAACAGAGACAGAGCUCCCUGAGCAGCAGUUCCCAUGGAGGCUUCUAGCUCUGCUUUCCCAGCACCUGUACCAAGCCCUCACAGUCUGCAUGCCAGGGCUAGCCACAGUUCUGAGUCCCACCAAUAAAGCCCCUGUUGGUGCCGCAGUGGUAUGUGAAGGUGGUCUGAGCAGUACUUCUCCACAGAUAAGAAUGAAUUCCGGAGGCCUUUGCUUUCUAAUCCUACUCUGUACCGGAUCCAGUUUGCACACAGCUUAAAUAAAGUCUCUCCAGCUCUUAAGAAAUAGGCAGGCCAGCCUACAGGAUCAAAGGCGUGAGAGCCAGUGGCACAAAGGCAGAGAAGCCAAUGGAGUGCUGCUGUGAACCCAGUAGCUCCAAACUAAAACACUCCUGAGCACAUGGUUCUCCAGUGAACCCAGGUAUCUGUCAGCUGCUCAUUUCACACCCAGAGUCCACUCCAGAGACCAGCAGCCCACCGCUGGCCCAUUCUGUCCACGUCACAAAAUCCCUGGCUAAUGGCUCUGUUCACUUGCUGUGAUAGAGUACUUCCUGUCAGAGUCAACAUCAAAGUCUUCCCUGUGAUCAGCCUCUGCGUCCCCUGAAGCACCUCUUCCUGGUCCCAACUUAUCUCCUGUUCUGCUUCCAGCCAGCUCUCGGAGUGAAGACCGCAAUCAUGGUCCACUGAGUCUCGUGGAACCGAAGAUCCCCACACAGCAGACAGAGCUGUGAGUGCAGGCAAUGAGUAUGCUGUGCCUUCAUACUUGGGGAACCACCAUUUGGAAAAACUGUUUCCACACACAUUUCUCCAGUACUCUACUGGAGAAAAGAAAGAUUGUAUUUUUAAUUGUG